AUGGUGGCCACGACUCCUACCGUCAAGCCCGAGACGACGUGUUCUGCUGGGCUGUCGACUCCGGAGCUUCGGGCUUCAACCACCGGAGGCGGAGCGAGGUCCACAGUCCCCGACAGGCCGGCCGAGCCGGUUCCGCUGGCCCUGCUCCCCGCAGCACCCUCGGCUUCGGCCACCACCGCUGUUUCGGCGGCACCCUCGGCUUCGGCCGCCACCGCUGCUUCGGCAGUGCCCCCGGCUUCGGCCACGGCUUCGGCCACGGCUUCGGCCACGGUUGCGCCCCUCUCCUGCCCGCCGUGGCUCCCUCUGACCUUGUGGGACGUCAUGUUCGCGAAGGCCAGGGUGACCGCCUGGACUGACGCCGUUCGCAUGGCGAGCGGCGCGGCCGUCGAUGCCGACCGCGCGGCAGCCCAACUCGCGCAGGACGCCCUCGCCGACGAGGAAUUCUAUUCCGAAGUCUCCGCCCGCGAGGGGGAGCUCAAGGUCCUGCGGGCGACACGUGAAUCCAACGCACAAAAAAUCCUUGCUCUGGAGACCCUCCAGCAGCAGUACGACCGGCAGCGGAGUCAGCUGGCGGCCACGCUGACUGCCGACCGGCGCCAGGAAGAUGCCCUGGUGGAAGCUGGCCGUGAGGCCGACAAAAGGCGCGAACAGGAACUUCGCGAACGUGCGAAGCGGUCGCCCUGCGUCUCGGGCGCCGGAGGGAGAGCUGCGUCAAUAUCAACUACCUCUGCCGCCCCGUCCCGCAUGUAUGCAGCUGCUGCUUCGUGCAUCCCGGUCACCCGCUCCUCGUCGUCGCGGAAUGGCCCUGUCGCUUUCGAGUCCGGCGACUUCAGCUUCACCCCGGCCAAACUUGCAGAUGUUGCUCAAUUCGCUCAGUUCAAUUUCCUCCCGGAGGAUCGCGCAUCGGUCAGGGACCUGGCCACGGCAAUGGCCACCGCGUUGCCGGCGGCCGUCGCCAUCCAGGAGGCGGUCGAUGUGGCCAACACCUCCCGUCCGGAUCUUCGGGACCUGGCCGGCCGUCUCCUCGCGGGGAUGCGCAAGGCCAACGCCCGCGCCACUGCUCCUGUGGUGUACCCUGGCUGCAGCGGCCCGUCUUCAGAGACCUCCGGUGGCUUCCAGCAACCAGCGCCCGGCCGUGUCAAGAAGGCGCAACCGUCACGCUCGAGUCGGGAGUGGUCCUGGCAGCUCAGGAGAGGAGUCUGGCUGGAGUUCGGCUGGAGCCUCGCGUCGACCCCAGGAGCCCUCGUCUUCUUCGGCGGGAGGGAACCGGGAAAGGAAGGUAGCAAAACGUAG